AUGAGAGAGAUACCAGCCUCGGAUAAUGAACCCCCUCUUAUGGUAAUCAGACUCGGAACGACAACGGACUACGCAUUGAGAUUUUGUACCUGGAAUGUAAUGCUCUAUACUCCAGGUGCAACUCAGAAACUUGAAUCUGUCCAUAUAUUUUUAUAUUGCAUAUAUUUGGAUGCGGAUACGUCGUGGGAAAUCGGCUUAGAUCGAACGUCAUGGAUUUCAAAACAAUACAUCAAUGCCACAUUACAGAAAAUCAGUAUAAUAUGUGCACACGCCCCUACCGAUGAUGCUGAGGAGUCUAACAAGGAGGAUUUCUACGACCUCCUGAAUAGAGCCCACGGAGCCUGUCCAGAGUACGAAGUCAAAAUCGUACUAGGAGACUUCAAUGCAAAAAUCGGGAAGGAAGACAUCUUUGGCGGAUUAGUUGGAAAGCAGAGCCUCCACGAAGAAACAACAGAUAACGGCUUUCGACUAAUUGACUUUGCUGCAGCUCGUAAUACGGUGAUAAGUAGCACUAGGUUUCCAAGACGGAAGAUCUACACAGCAACCUGGCGAUCUCCGGAUGGUCGAACCACCAACGAAAUCGACCAUGUGCUAAUCGGCACAAGGCAAGCAUCCAACAUCCUGAACGUGCGCACUUUCCGAGGAGCAAAUGUCAACUCUGACCACUUUCUGGUAGUUCUAAGUUCAGAGCUCGAAUAUCAAACGAAAAAAAACACGUGCGGCCCAAAGAAAGAAGUUCAACAUCGGUUGCCUUAG